GGUUGAUCCAAGGAUUCCCUUACUAGUAGUGUUCUCCUUUUAUCUAAUAUUACUCAUUUAUUUUAUUUUAUUUAUUUUAUUAUUUGGGGAGUAAUUUCAUCUUUUUCAUAAAUACAUGCUUCUAGUUUAGGAUCCAAUCCUGGACAAUAUGUAUGUGCAUUUAUUUGGAUGUGAUCCUGUGGUGACAGAGUCUUAUGUCUCAUAUUUACUGAGCUACUAUCUGGUCUCCAAAGGGUUUUUGUUCCUUUCUUUCAAUAUUUAUUAACUUCUUGAGAGAAAGAGAUCUCAGAAUUCCUUUCAGCUCUAAAACCAGGGGAUGAUUGGAAUUUACCUAAAGUCUUUGAGGCUUGAAGCCUAAAAUUCUGGUAUAUCUUCUCACAGUCCCCAGUCUUUCUCAUUAAGACAAGAUAAAUGUUCAUUUUAUCUAUUACAUAUUAAUAAUAAUUUCAUAUGUCAGAGACAUAGGGAGGAAGGGAGAGAGAGAGAUUGAGAUAGACCCCAUAACACCAUUUUGGUACAUGUUUGGGAUCAAACGAUAAAGUUUAGGCUCCCAAAGGCAAUGAUCUACAAAUUGAGUAGUUUCCCUAUUCAGGUUUUCUUAUUUGUAAAAUUCCAGUUUGUCACACUAAUCCUAGAAAUAAGAGAAUUAGGAAACAGUUCAAUCCAUAGAACAUACUUUACUAUAAAUGACGACCUGAAGACAAUUUUCCCAGCCACCAUGUGAGAGUGCUAUGCAUAGACAAAUAACUUCACAGGUGGUUGAGUGGUUCUGUAAUGUCUCUGAUACUUCCUCUGUCUCUGUAUUCUCCUUUUUUUUGUCCAUCUCACUCUCUCCCAUCCCUCCCUCCUUCUCUCUCCCUCCCCUAUAUGUGUGGAAAAAGAAAUAUAGUUUGACAGCUCCUUUAUGGAGCUGGAAACUUGAGUUUGUGCUUACAGCAAGCAGUGCUUUCUCCUUACUACAGUCCCAGUAGGAUGACUGCUUUCUUUGAAGAAGAGUGUGGACUUGGAAAGACAACGUAAUUAUCAUGCAAAGAAUGUUGUUCUGAGGUUGUACUGUCCUAAACUCAAUCUGUAGCACCACCAGAAACUAGAGCUAAGCACUGUUCUGUCUCCCCUGUAUAUCUCUUUCACUAAUACAUAAAUGUAAACAUAAUAUGGUCCAUGGCCAGCAAAAUAGCUCCCUCAAAUUAUUAGCUUUUUUGCCAUAUUCAAGGUCAUCAUUUGAGCCAGGCCCCACCAUAUUGAAGCUUCAGUGCUGGGGUGUAUUCUUUCUCUUUUUCUACCUAAAAAAAGAUACCACAAAUGAGUAAAGCCUCAGUGAUAAAAACAUGAACAGAAAAACAAAUUAAGUUGUUCACUGGAUCCUCUCCCAGACCUGACUCUCUUCUGCUUGGGCCUGCAUCUCUAGCCUCUCAAAUUCAUUUAACAGUAGCAUCACUGUGUCACGUGACAUUCCAGGGACUGGACUCAGGAGCUCAUGCUAGAAAAUACAAAGCUGUAAUCACUGUAGCAAUCAUUGUAUCACCCUCUGUGAUGUGAGAUAUUAGCUGAUCAAGUCACCAAAGAUAUGUUUGGAGAUGAGACAAUCAUCAGCUUCAUAAAGUAAAAACUGGAUGGCUAAUCUGCUAUCAGUAUGAAGUGUUUUCUCAUAUAAAUACAAUGCAUAUAUUUUAGUGCUCAGUGACCUAUGAAGAUGUAACUGUGAUAUUCACUCAAGAGGAGUGGGCACUAUUAAACCCUUCAGAGAAGAAGCUCUACAGAGAUGUGAUGUGGGAAACCUUUAUGAACUUUGUCUCAAUAGAAAAAUUGCAAGGGGACCAUUCUACAAAAGAGCAGCAUAACCACCAAGGAAGUGAACAAAGUAAUAUAGUCAAUAUCACUGAAGCCAAAGAAAGAAGUCAAAAUGGUCAAAAACCUGAAGAAUAUGAAUUAAACAACAAAGUAUUCACUUAUUCUAGUCAUCUUCAAAAACAGAAAAUAAUUAACAUUGAAGAGAAAUCUUAUGAAUGUAAACAAUGUAAUAAAACAUUCAGUUGUUCCAGUUAUCUUCGGAAGCAUGAAAGAAUUCACAGUGGAGAGAAACCUUAUGAAUGUAAACAAUGUAGUAAAACAUUCAGGAGACGCAGUUCUCUUCGGGAACAUGAAAGAACUCACAGUGGAGAGAAACCAUAUGAAUGUAAACAAUGUAGUAAAGCAUUUUUUACAUCCAGUAAUCUUCGAGUACAUGAACGAACUCACAGUGGUGAGAAACCCUAUGAAUGUAAACAAUGUUUUAAAACAUUUACUACAUCAGGUCAUCUUAGGUGUCAUGAAAGAACUCACAGUGGGGAAAAACCCUAUGAAUGUAAACAAUGUAGUAAAACAUUCAGGCGAUCAAGUAAUCUUCGGGAACAUGAAAGAAGGCACAGUGGAGAGAAACCCUACGAAUGUAAAAAAUGCAGUAAAACAUUCAGUUGUUACAGAAUUCUUCGUUUCCAUGAAAGAACUCACUGUGGGGAGAAGCCAUAUGAAUGUAAACAAUGUAGUAAAACAUUCAGUUGUGCCAGUCAUCUUCGGACACAUGAAAGAACGCACAGUGGAGAGAAACCCUAUGAAUGUAAACAAUGUAGUAAGGCAUUCUUUACAUCCAGUCAUCUUCGAAAUCAUGAAAAAACUCACAGUGGAGAGAAACCUUAUGGCUGUAAACAAUGUAGUAAAACAUUCAGGCGGCCCAGUCUUCUUCGGGAACAUGAAAGAACUCACAGUGGAGAAAAACCCUAUGAAUGUAAACAGUGUAGUAAAACAUUCAGUUCUUCUAGUCAUCUUCGAAGACAUGAAAGAACUCACAGUGGUGUGAAACCCUAUGAAUGUAAACAAUGUAAUAAAACAUUCAGUUCUUGCAGUUCACUUCAGGUACAUAAAAGAAUUCACAGUGGAGAGAAACCCUAUGAAUGUAAACAGUGUACUAAAACAUUCAGAUUUUCCUGUUCUCUACGGAAGCAUGAAAUUACUCAUAGUGGAGAGAAAUCCUAUGAAUGUAAACAAUGUGGUAAAAUAUUCAGUCAGUCAAGUCUUCUUCGGACACAUGAAAGAACUCACAAAGGAGUGAAACACUAUGAAUGUAAACAAUGUACUAAAACAUUCAGUCGAUUCAGUCUUCUUCAGAUACAUGAAAGAAUUCACAGUGGAGAGAAACCCUAUGAAUGUAAACAAUGUCAUAAAGCAUUUAGAUAUUCCAGUUCUCUUAGGACACAUGAAAGAAUUCACAGUGGUGAGAAACCCUAUGAAUGUAAACAGUGUAGUAAAACAUUCAGUCAAUUAUGUAAUCUUCGGACACAUGAAAGAAUUCACAGUGGAGAAAAACCCUAUGAGUGUAAACAAUGUAGUAAAACAUUCAGUCAAUCAUGUUCUCUUCGGACACAUGAAAGAACUCACAGUGGAGAGAAACCUUAUAAAUGUACACAAUGUAAUAAAACAUUCAGAUUUUCCAGUUCUUUUAGGACACAUGAAAGAUCUCACAGUGGAGAGAAACCUUAUGAAUGUACACAAUGUAGUAAAACAUUCAGUUGUUCCAGUUAUCGUCGGACACAUGAAAGAACUCACAGUGGAGAGAAACCCUAUGAAUGUGAACAAAGUAUUAAAACCCCAGAAUAUCCCUCUACUCUUCAGCCACUAAGUUCCAUAUGCUACCAUGAAACCAACCUGACUUCACUGGAUGGAUGACCUCACCGAUGUGCCCUGGAACUGACUUCCCCAGACCUCUGUCCCACUAAAGAAAGACAGAAGUAGACUGGGAGCAUGGAUCAACCUUCCAAUGCACAUGUCCAGUGGAGAAGCAAUUAAAGAAACCAGACUGUACACCUUCUGCACACCAUAGUUAUCUUGGGUCCAUUCUCCCAGAAUGAUAAAGAACAUGAAAGUUUCCAAUGGAGUUGACUGGAUACAGAACUCUAGUGGUGAGAACUGUGUGGAAUUGUACCCCUCUUAUCCUAAUGUUUUUCUUAUCAUUAUUAAAUCAAUAAAACUAAAAUAUUUCCUUUGA